CUGCGAGACACGAUCUGACGCGGGAGCAAAAGUUGAACAAUGGCCGCGGUCACGGGUGCGCACCUGCCCCCUCACGUGAGACAGCGAUGACGCGCACCCGUGUCACGCUCCGCCCUGUGUGCUGCCAAAACGCAGGGCGCGGGCGCGUUGCGUAAACACAUAGGCCCGGCCGGUCAGAUGCUGGCGAUGGGGGCGAGCUAGAUGCCGAUGUCCUGCGCAGUGGCUGCCCUGUGUGCACCCCAGAACCUGCGUGCGCGCGUCUUCUCGAAGGUUUAAAGGCCCUGAGGUCAUGUCUGACAGCGUAGUCAUCCCCGACUUACAUUCAGUCCCACCCACCCAGCCAACCAGCCAGCCAACAUGGUCUCCCAGCUCGAGUACCUCGAAACGCUCCUCAACGUCGAUGUCGACCAUAUGCACCCCAGCGUCGCCAAGAGCCUCCCGUUCAAGCCGCACGACCAGACGAGCAACCAGCUCAUCGUCAACGAGCAAAUCGAGCUCCCCGAGAACCGCGAGCUCCUCGAGAAGGCCGUGAAGGAGUACGGCAGCAAGGGCUGGUCGGCCGUCCUCGACCGUCUGUCCGUGCAGCUCUGCGCGAAGAACCUUCCCAACAUCCAGGGCCGCGUCCUUCUCCAGACUUCUCCCUUCCACGCGUACGACAAAGACAAGGUCGUGGAGCACGCCAGGAGCUACGCUCGUGAGUUUGAGAAGGUCGGGAUUUCCAGGGAUCGCUUCUGCAUCAAGGUCCCCUGCACGGGCCCCGCGAUGAACGCGGCCAAGAUCCUCAACGCCGAGGGCAUCAGGACCCUCGGGACGUCGCUCUUCGGCCUCCCUCAGGCUAUCGCCUCGAGCCAGUCCGACUGCCUCUACAUCAGCCCUUACUUCAACGAGGUCCGCGCGCACGCCGACCUCUCGCUCUGGCCGAACGUCGAGGACCCCGCGACGCAGCACACCAUGGCCCCGCGCAUGAUCCACAUCCUCGAGACCUACAAGCGCCUCGCGAAGGAGACCGGCAAGGAGCAGCCUAUGGUCAAGUCAGCCAGCUUCAUCUCCGCGAAGGAGGCCCUCGCCUGCGGCGAGAUGGGCUGCCAGUCCGCGACGCCCUCCGCCGAGGUCCUCGCCGAGCUGCUCAAGACGCCCGCGGACAAGCCCGUGUCCAACAAGCCGCGCCCCGCGUACUCCUACCUCACCGUCGGCCCCACGCCCGAGCGCCUGCGCGCCCUGCUCUCCGUCGACCCGCUCGCGGCCGCGGACUGGGACGGCAAGCUCGCGUCGACGGACAUCGACUACCUGGCGAACAACGGCGAGGAGCUGGAGAAGGCGAUCGAGAGGGACCCGAUCACGAAGAACCGCCUGUACGACGCGCUGGAGCUGUUCAAGGGUGGCGAGCUGAAGAGCAAGGCGCUGAUUGAGAAGGUCAUGGCGGAGCAGAAGUGAGGGCGUACCGUUCAAGUAAGGCUAACAAGUGUUGUAUACAAUGAUCUUUAGACUUGCAAUUCCCCAUCAUACAAUCUCUGCACAUCGUUGGAGUUGGGCCCGGAUCUCUUUCAGCGGCCUGAGCAGCUUUCUGGACCUGGUGGCGACUCGAGACGAGCCUAUCUUACGAAGAGCGUGAUCCUGAGCAGCA